CACACACACAUAAACACACUGUUCGAGUGUCAUAACAGAGCCCUGCCCUCACAGAUGCAUGAGGAAAUCAGUAGAAACGAAACUAAAGUACUUCUGUUUCUCUGAGUCCCUUUUACACUUUCCUCCACGGAAAUGGAAGACCAGCAGGACCCACGCAUAUGCUCUGUUUGCCUACAGGACCUGCAGGAAAACAGCUGCCCUCAGUGUCAACAGACUUCCACAUCUGGGACAGAUCAGGAUGAAUCCAUUGCAUCGGUUGCAGAGAGUCUGGAGAGGACGAGACUUCAGAGAGACACCUCUGUGGAUGUCCAAGCUGAAACUGGAGAUGUGGAGUGUGACUCCUGCACUGUGAAUAGAGGGAAAGCCAUUAAAUCAUGUCUGGUGUGUUUGGCCUCUUACUGCGAUACUCACCUCAGGAUACACAAUGACCUGAACGCAGGGAAGACACACUGUCUAGUGGAAGUCACGGGACAUCUGCAGGGGAAGAUGUGCUCCAAACAUGAGAAACUUCUGGAGGUUUUAUGCCGCACUGACCAGCAGUGUAUUUGUUACCUCUGCAUGCUGGACGACCACAAAGGUCACGAUGUAGUCUCGGUUGCCAUAGGGCGAGAAGAGAAACAGAGGCAGCUGGAAAAGUCCAAACAGAAGCUUACGGCUCGAGAGAAUGAGUUGAAGGAAAUGAAGAAUGUUGCAAAUGUCCUCCGGGACCUGAGUCAGGCGACAGAGGAAGAAGGUGACAGGAUCUUUACCGAACUUCUCAGCUUUAUACGGAGGAGCCACACAGAGAUGAUUGAGCUGAUCCAAACUCAGAUGACCAAUGAGAUGGACCGAAUCCACGGACACAUGGAAGGUCUGGAACAGGAGAUCUCGAAGCUAAAGAGGAAACAGUCCGAGCAAGAGCAACUUUCACACACUGACGAUCACAUCCAUUUCCUUCAGGAAGUCCAGUCUCGCUGGCCCAAUUCUCAGUCUGAAGACUUCCCCAUCCUGACCGCUAAUCCGCAGUUCUCUUUUGGAGAAGUCAUCAAAUCUCUCUUAUCACUAACUGCACAAACAGAGGGCAUUUGGACACUGGAGAUAAGCAGGAUAUGCUCUGCAGUGAAAACUGAGAAGAUCUUACUGCCCUCCGAACCCAAGAUGAGGGAGGACUUCCUCCAAUUUCUUGUACCGUUGAGUCUAGAUCCAAACACGGCCCACAGGAACCUCUGCUUAUCUGAGCAGAACCAAGCAGUGGCCUGCAGUGAUGAGCCUCAGCCAUACCCAGAACAUCCGGACCGUUUUGAAUGGUGGGCCCAGGUGCUGAGCAAGGAGGGUUUGACUGGACGCCACUACUGGGAGGCUACUUGGAGCGGUCAGUAUGGUGUCGACAUUGCAGUCACCUACAAAGACAUCAACAGAACUGGGCAAGACGAUGCCAGUGGGUUUGGAUUCAACAGACACUCGUGGAGUUUGGACUGUUCCAUAUUCAGAUACGCACUAGUGCACGAUAACUUGGAGACUGAGAUCGCUGUACCCUUGUCCCACCGGAUCGGGGUGUAUCUGGACUACAGAGCAGGACUUCUGUCCUUCUACAGCGUCUCCGACUCCAUGAUCCUCCUGCACAGAGCUCAGACCAGGUUCACCCAACCUCUUUAUCCAGGAUUCGGACUCUUUCAGGGCUCGACAGCGAAAUUUUGUGGUCCGGACAAAGAAGCCUCGACACAAGCAACCGAGAGACGUUUAUAUCUACAGAGAUCGAAAUUACAUUUACAGACACGACGAAUACAUUCACAGAAAACCAAGAAUGUCACAAAAAUCUGUUUUACUCCAAACGAUAGUAAAAUAAUAACAGCGGCAAGAGGCAAACAACGUAAAAUAUAGGGAAAAUGACGGCAUUUGGAGGGCUAACAUGGAAAAUACAGGAUUCACAGUUGAAGAUGGUGAAGAAUUACAAUCAAAAGUCAGAACUGCACUGAACCAAAGUUAAACCAUAAAAGAACAGGAAAUGUGUUCUCUGUAAAUAGUUUUUCUGCUAACGUGACACUUUAGGGAAUCUAUUUUUAAGGUAUGUUUGGCAAUGACUAAGCUGCUUGAAGAAAUGUUCAUUUACAUUUGUUUUAAAGCUGAACUCUGUAAUUUCUGCGCCACUAGCGUCACCAAAUAAACAUUGUUUUCAAACA